AUGUCCCGCUACCAUGAGCGCGCCCAGAACGUUGCCCGGUUGCUGGAAGUCGCCUAUCGCGGGGCAAUGAUGUCCCACAGGGGCCAGGAACACGGAACGCACUGGACCUUCGCGCUCACCUGCUCCGGCUGCGACGCUGAUUUCAGUGAAAAAUACGACGAACUGAAUAUCCGGAAUGUGACCGUUUUCCUCAUGUUCUCAAAAGAGAACCCGGUAAGUGUACGCAACAGUCUCGAACUGGCCCGCAACAAUGCACGAGCUGUUCGCACCGGCAUCACGGCUGAACUCUGGGAAGCUAUCAACACCACGUGGAUAGAAUUCAUCGAGGUCAAUCCGCAGACGAUCACGCAGGAACGGUUGCCGGACUUCCUUGCCUGGGUCAAUCAGCGUGCGCACUUGUUCCGUGGUGCUCUCCUGAACACAAUUUUGCGCGAUGAUGGUUAUUUUUUCUCGCAGAUGGGCAAUUUCGUCGAACGGACCGACAACACCGCCCGGAUCCUGAACACCCAGUAUUGGGCGCUUCUGCCUGACAGCGACAUUGUUGAUGACGGCUCCAUGGAACGAUACCAAUGGUCAGCCAUCCUCAGGGCUCUUUCCGGCCGCAGAAGCUACCGGUUCGCCUAUCCAAAUGCCAGGCUCAAGGCGUUUAACAUUGCCGAGUUCCUGAUCUUGAGAAAGGAAAUGCCGCGGUCCUUGGCCCAUUGCUACAACUGGAUAGCCGAUACAGCCGAAGAACUUGCGCAGUUCUAUAGUUCCCGGGAGCCGAGCCUGGAUCUCGCCAAGGAAAUCGCCAGCGGUUUAUCCGAGAAACAGAUGCGCGAAAUCUACCAUGAUGGCCUGCACGAUUUUCUGACCGACUUCAUCGGCAAGAACAACCAAUUCGCGCUGCAGCUUUCGAAAGACUACAAUUUUGCCUGA